AUGGGCUGCGCACCGUCCCGUCCCUCGAACCCCGUCCCCCGGCCGCGAAGGCAGACCGAUGGGCCCCGAAAGCCCAACAACAGCCGCCUAUCCCGCCCGUUCGACCCCAACAUCCCUCUAUACGUACCCCAUUAUCAACACCCGUCCGUACCGCCCGUUGAUCCGGCAAGGUACGGGGACGCAUACGCGCAGCUGAACGGCCGCAGCGGGCAGAAGCGCGCGCCGACGCCGUACAAAGCACGCCAGAGUGUACGGCCGGUCGAUCCGGAAAGGUACGGGGACGCGUACGCGCAGCUGAACGCCCGCAGUGGACAGAAGGGCGCGCAGGCCUCGCGCAAGGAUCAGAAGGUGCAGUAUGGCCAGGGCCCCAGGGUCAAGAGUCAGGCGGUGCAUUAUUCCAAGGGGGAUACGCUGUACUUUUCGAAUGCCAUGUGUGAACGCUAUACCUUUGGUUUCUUCCGUAUCACCGUGUCCAACCUCGUAGCGACUCUCAUCAAGUCAUUCAUUGAAGCAAGCCAUUACCCCCAUCGAGUCUGGCAAGCUGGCCAAAAAGUCGCAGUCUUGGAGCGCCGGCCUAAAUUGGUAUCUGCAAGUUCAUGGACGACUAGUAUGCCGUUUCAUGAGUACAUGACCUCUCGUUUUGCGCAGGGAUCUCAAGCUCGGGUAAGCCAGUACCAUGGCAACUGCGCCAAUCUUUCGGAAAAUGCGCCUUUGGUGACCGGACCCCUGGCUUGUGUCUUUCAUCUUGAGACAAGGGAGGUAGGGAAAAACAUCGAGGAACGCUUUGAUGAGACAAGACAAUGA